UUAUGUUUUGUUAAGUCAAACAUGACAACACUCUAUGGUAAUGACUUGUGAAUUGUGAAAAUAUCAAACUGAAAUCAAAAAUCAUACACUUGUAUUGGUUAGUUUCAUCACUAAAAUAAAGCAAAAUGGAUAACAUAACUACAGAAUCAGGGAAAAUUGUGAAAAUGGAAGUAGACUAUACUUCCACUUGCGACGAAAAAAUACCGGAAUGCAAAAAAUUAGCAUCUCAAGGAAAGAUUCAUGAUGCCUUGGAACAGCUUCUUACUUUGGAGAAACAAACUAGAACCGGAGCUGAUAUGAUAUCCACUGGUCGAGUUUUAGUAGCUAUCGUACAGAUAUGUAAAGAAGCAGAUGACUGGAGUGCCCUCAACGAGCAUAUAACACUUCUAGCAAAACGUAGAAGCCAACUUAAACAAGCGGUAGUGAAAAUGGUACAAGAAUGUUAUUCUUAUGUGGAUCAAACUCCAAAUAUGGAGUUAAAAAUUAAACUUAUAGAUACUUUGAGACAAGUUACUGAAGGUAAAAUAUAUGUUGAAGUUGAAAGAGCUCGUCUCACCCACAAACUAGCUAAAAUCCGUGAAGAUGAAGGCAAAAUCCAAGAAGCAGCUGAUAUAAUUCAAGAAUUACAAGUUGAGACUUAUGGUUCUAUGGAGAAACGCGAAAAAGUAGAAUUGCUCUUGGAACAGAUGCGUCUCUGUUUGCUCAAGCAAGAUUAUAUACGUACUCAAAUCAUAUCAAAGAAAAUUAAUGUUAAAUUUUUCGAAGAUGAGAAGACCCAAGAUUUGAAGUUGAAAUAUUAUAAGUUGAUGAUGGAAUUAGAUGAGCACGAGGGUUCGUAUCUGGCAACUUGUAAGCAUUAUAGGGCUGUCUUGGAUACUCCUACGAUACAGGAUAAUGCUGCUGAAAAACAGAACAUCGCCAAGUCUGUUGUGUUAUAUUUGAUAUUGGCUCCCCACGAUAAUGAGCAAGCCGAUUUAACCCACAGGAUUCUGUUGGAAAAAGUAUUGGAGGAAAUUCCAAUUUAUAAACAGCUGUUGAAGUUGUUCACAACCCCAGAAUUGAUCAAAUGGUCUGGUUUAUGCGAAUUGUACGAGAAAGAGUUGAAAACGACUGCCGUUUUUGCUGGAAAUAGCCUUUCUGUUAAAAGAUGGGGAGAUCUGAAGAAUAGGGUGGUAGAACACAAUAUCCGAGUGAUGGCUCAGUAUUACACUAGAAUAAAGAUCGCUAGAAUGGCAGAAUUGCUCGACCUUUCCAUUGGCGAAACUGAAGAGUUUUUGUCGCAGAUGGUUGUCGGCAAGAGUGUUGAAGCCAAGACUGAUCGUCCGUCCGGUGUCAUUCACUUCCAGCAAAGCAAAGACCCCAGCGAUUUCUUAAACGACUGGGCACAUGACCUCUCCGCUCUGAUGCAACUGGUGAACAAAACCACGCACUUGAUAAAUAAAGAGGAAUGCAUUCAUAAGCACCUUCAAGCCACCGCUUAAAUAUGUUUAUAAGAAGUUUUUUAAGGAAUAAAAUUGAAUUUUUUCUUUCAA